GAUGAAUUUCCCUUGAAAUUUCCAUCCAUGCUACUGAAGAGGUAGUGGAAACUGCGGGGUCGGAAACUUCAGGAUGGUUCAUGCUAAGAGCUGGACCCUGAAGAAGCUCUUUGAAGGCAGCCCUACUCAUAGUAACUUUGAGUUAAAGACAGUUGAACUCCCAUCCUUAAAAAAUGGGGAGGUCCUGCUGGAAGCUUUGUUCCUUACUGUGGAUCCUUAUAUGAGAGUGCGGGCGGCCAAAAGAUUGAAGGAGGGUGAUAUGAUGAUUGGGCAGCAAGUGGCCAGAGUUGUGGAAAGUAAAAACUCAGCCUUCCCAGCAGGAACUGUGGUAGUGGCUUUUUCAGGCUGGACGACACACUCUAUUUCUGAUGGGAAAGAUCUGGAAAAGCUACCCACAGAGUGGCCAGACAUGGUACCGGUGUCUUUGGCUCUGGGAACAAUGGGCAUGACAGCCUACUUUGGCCUACUUGACAUCUGUGGUGUGAAGGAUGGAGAAACAGUGAUGGUUAAUGCAGCAGCAGGAGAAGUGGGCUCUGACGAAAAGGUUGCCUACCUCAAAAAGCUUGGACGUGAUGUUGUUGCCUUUAACUACAAAACAGUAGAGUCUUUGGAAGAAACUUUGAAAAAAGCCUCUACUGAUGGUUAUGAUUAUUACUUCGAUAAUGUAGGUGGAGAGUUUUCAAACAUUGUUAUCCCCCAGAUGAAGAAAUUUGGAAGAAUUGCUAUAUGUGGGGCCAUCUCUACAUAUAAUAGUACUUGCCCUCUUCCCCCAGGCCCACCCCCAGAAAAUACUAUCUAUCAGCAUCUCCUCAUGGAAGGGUUCAUCGUCACCCACUGGCAAGGAGAGGCCCGCCAGAAGGCUCUGAAAGACUUGCUGAAAUGGGUCGUAGAGGGUAAAAUCCAGUACCAUGAAUACAUCACUCAAGGAUUUGAAAACAUGUCAACUACAUUCAUGGGAAUGCUGAAAGGAGAUAAUUUGGGAAAAACAAUAGUGAAACUCAAAGGAGGAAAAUUUGAGUACACCUGUAUGUUUUAUUUAGGAACCAUGGACCUACAUCUGAAUGUCAGUUUUACCAUCUACAGUCUUAAUAAAUUUGCUCCUACCAGCAGUAUGGGAGAGUUCCUGUUUUUCUUGGUCUGGGCCAACCACGGAGAGGAAAAGGUCUUGCCUUUCACUCCUGGACUGGUGAGAGAACCAAUUCUCGGAAGAAAGGAAAUCACAGAGCACCUCUUGCGGAAAAAGUACACAGACCACCUCACAAUCUCUGCAUUAUCAGUGGCCAGAGACAGCCCUCAUCAUCGGUCUGUCACAGAUGAUCAGAUGGUACCAUCACACCAGAUCACCGGAACAGAGCUUGGAGACCCUGUCAUUCCUUCACCUCAUAGCCCAGCUCAAGAGGAACUGCUGGGAAGUGAGAACCCCCUGCAGCAUCCAUCAUGA